UAGACUGUCUUUGCUUCAUCAUCUGAAGGCAAAAUUUUCCAGAUACGGCAGACGGCUCUCCGAGUACAAUACACAGGGAAUGAGGACUAUUUACAUGGAAAUUUCUGCCUCGUGAUGCCGCGGAGAAGCCUCGGCCGCUCGAUUCUGCCAGAUGUUCCCGGGGUUACUGUAAAAGGGAAAAAGAGGCAGAGCUAAACAAGGUUCAUGAUUUCAAAGUGCCUGUGUGAAGUCACUUUCGCUGGAAACUGCAGCCUGAGCUCUUGUCGGGUUCAAAUCGUUCUUCCCUCAAAUGCACGGUGCCCCGACCUUACGGUGGAUGAAGAUACCUCAAUUGUCUGACUUUGCCAACUGCUCAAUUUCAGAAUUUAGAAGGGCGGAAGGAAAGAGAAACCUUGCCAAGAUCUGAACGUCUAGGUGGCUUAUUCUCCAACACCGUCAGUACCUGCGAGUGUCAGAACUGAAUAUCCCCCCCAAGGAGCGAGUGCCAUGAUAAUGAAGUCACUUUAUUAAAAACAGUUGUGUCUGCAGAUUGGUCAAGAGACUCAGACAUUUGCGGCCAGAGAUGACACUGAGUGUGCUUCUGCUGCGGCCCACGGUCUUCAAGUGGGGCAUAUUGAUUGGUGAGUGAUUGCCUGCCGAUAAAUUCUCUCCUCACUGCUUCCUGGAUUGGACCUCACUAAGCCAUUGAUCACUCACCUUCAGACUCACAUGUGGGGUUUUUCACAACAGUAGUCUCGGAAUCAUUGAGACCUGGAUUGAUUACAUCAUUUGACACAAACAAACAGAAUCCAAGUCGCUCGAGCAUCAUGGCUUUGAACGUGGCCCCCGUCAGAGACACAAAAUGGCUGACGUUGGAGGUCUGUAGGCAGUUCCAGAGGGGCACGUGCUCGCGCUCCGACGAGGAGUGCAAGUUUGCUCACCCGCCCAAGAGCUGCCAGGUGGAGAACGGAAGAGUCAUUGCCUGCUUUGACUCCCUAAAGGGCCGUUGUUCAAGAGAAAACUGCAAGUAUCUUCAUCCUCCAACACAUUUAAAAACUCAACUAGAAAUUAAUGGGAGGAACAAUUUGAUCCAGCAAAAAACUGCUGCAGCGAUGCUGGCCCAGCAGAUGCAAUUUAUGUUUCCAGGAACCCCACUCCAUCCAGUGCCCACUUUUCCUGUAGCUCCCGCAAUAGGGACAAAUACGGCGAUUAGCUUUGCUCCUUACUUAGCACCUGUAACCCCUGGAGUUGGGUUAGUCCCAACGGAAAUUCUACCCACCACACCUGUCAUUGUUCCCGGAAGUCCACCCGUCACUGUCCCGGGCUCAACUGCAACUCAGAAACUUCUCAGGACUGACAAACUGGAGGUAUGCAGGGAGUUCCAGCGAGGAAACUGUGCCCGGGGAGAGACCGACUGCCGCUUUGCACACCCCGCAGACAGCACCAUGAUCGACACAAACGACAACACCGUAACCGUUUGUAUGGAUUACAUAAAGGGGCGUUGCAUGAGGGAGAAAUGCAAAUAUUUUCACCCUCCUGCACACUUGCAGGCCAAAAUCAAAGCGGCGCAGCACCAAGCCAACCAAGCGGCGGUGGCCGCCCAGGCAGCCGCGGCCGCGGCCACAGUCAUGACUCAGUCGACUGCCAAAGCAAUGAAGCGACCUCUCGAAGCAUCUGUAGACCUGGCCUUUCCCCCCGGUGCUCUUCACCCUUUACCAAAGAGACAAGCACUUGAAAAGAGCAACGGCGCCAGCACCGUGUUCAACCCCAGCAUGCUGCACUACCAGCAGGCUCUCAGCAGCGCCCAGCUGCAGCAGCACGCCGCGUUCAUCCCGACAGAUGAGAAAACUGAGGCCCCCUAAAUGUGAGGUGACUUCCCAAGGUGGCACAGCCAAUGAGACAAAGACCCGGCACCUAGAUUCCCUGUGACCUGUCCGACGUACCAUGACGCGACCCCACCGGGCUUCCGUAUGUGGAGUCACAGAGUUCUCCCUUACAGCUCGGCAGACGUAAAGCAUCAGAUGAAAGUGAAGAAAGAGAGUGCAAAGCCUGUGAACCCCCUUGUUUUUCACCCACCUCGACCCCAGACCUACAUACGCCACAUACACACACACAGUCACCGCGCAUCGGCCAUGGUACUGACGUCUCAGUCUGUGUUAGAAGCAGGGAUAAUGUCCUCAAAAUCAAUAAAAUCUCCUAGUGUUUAAAAAAAAAUGAAGAAGAAUCAGAGAGUAACAUAGGCUUUUGUGAGAAGACUGUCCGUUGACUUCUCAGUUUGGAAGUCAACAUUUUCAUGCCAGGAGAGUGACUUGAAGGUAAACAUAGAUAACAGUUUCAUCAGAAAGAGCUUGUUGGUCCUAAUCCACAUGGUUGGACUUUUAAAAUUUAUUUUCCAUUUCUUUUAAAUCCUGUAGCAUAUCAGGAAUUAACGUAGGAGGGAGCAGAAUCGCUAUUUCUAUGGUAUUCUUUGUAUGAAAGCUACACUUUGAAAUGAAUUGUCAACCUGUUAACAGUAUUUAUUGUAGUAAAGGUAUAAGUUAUGUAAGAAAAUGGUUCUUAGUGUUUAGUUUUCAUAUUUUACUUCCACUCUUCUCUUACGUAGAUUCAUAGACCUGCAGAGUGAGUUUCUAUAUCAGUGCUUGUUGGGGCUUCCCCCCUAUUCGAUUACAACCUUAAGUAGUGGCAUUUCAGUGCAGACAGAGCACAGCAGGAUUUGUAAUUGUGAUCCACUAGAUAUAACAUGUUUGUGAAAUAAUUACGAGUAGGUAAACUUACCUCGAGGUCUUGUAGGAUUCCUAGAAGUGUCUUAUUUUAUAGACCUCAUCACUAGAUAUUUUAAGAGAAACAAAUCAGGGAAGAAUGUACCGAGGGGUAAAACAUAAAAGGACAAGUCUGUUUUUGGAGACUGGGUAAUAAUUUCAGAACAAUUUCCUGGGAAUGCCUUUGAAACCCUUGAACUUAGUUGUGUAAAAAUGCAAAGGCCUCUUACCUCGUAUUUAACACUUCAAUCCAAUAAUGACUACUCUGUUAAAUCACUGAAAGAACCCUCCCUUAAAAAUAUUUCACCUGGAAACCAUUUAAAGACUUCCAAAGCAAGAAUGGAUAACAUCCCUUAUGCAGUGGCCUAAUUAUUGUUAAUGAAAUGAUUGUCUCCAGGACAGAUAGGCCGUACUAGUUGUUGUGGUUGAGUACUUCCGCCCCCUGCUGGAUUCUUUAAGAACUGGCCAAGUGUGUCCGGCAACCCUCAAUUGUGUGGACUUUGGGAGCCGCAAAGUGGGUCCUAGCCCACUUAAUUCUGUGAAUUACAAGUGUUUCCAUCUGGACCAUGAUAUCAACAUCAUAGUGAACAACCAUGUGGCCCUCGUGCUCAGAAAUGGUAUUUCAACUUCUAAGAAGUUUUCACAUGUUUUUCUUCAAUGAUGAAAGAAUAAUUUUCUCAAAAGGCACUUAGUGUAAUCUUUCCCCCCACUUAAAUCCUGGACAGAAAUUUUAGUGUUUAUCUUGGCUCUAGUUUUUAUUUCAGGCUUUCUUUCUCAUAAAUCAUAUUUUCAACUUAAUUUUAAAAUGGGAAUUAUAAUGAUCAUUGUUAAUCACCGUGUCUUAAACGUCUGCAAAUUAAGUGAUGAUGUUCAAAAAUAAGUUUUGUAACUGGACAGAUGGGUGGGCCCAUUAUUUUUAACAUGAAAGAUUUUGAUUUUCUAGAAAUACUUUAUAUUAAUAUUUAUUAUAUAUAGUGAACAAAAAGCAUUUCGGGUUCUCCUGGAGGCCACCCUUUACUGAAAAGUCAUUCCUAGUGGACUUUGGGGGGUUGGUUUUUUUCAAGAUCCCUAACUUCAAUUUCUUUUUUUCCCCACUGAGGCAUAAUGGACAUGGGACACGAUCAGUUUCAGGUGUACAACAUAAUGAUCUGAUAUUUGUGUACACUGUGAAAUGAUGGCCACUGUAUGUCUACCAAUCAUCUGUCUCCCGUAGUGAAGUUUUUGGAUAUGUUACUAAAACUCUCCCAUUGACACAGUAUGAAUUUGGAUUUUACGAAUCCUGCUGUGGAGAUAGUUAAUGUAAAAUACCAUGCAAAAUAUGGGCUGCUUCUCCCAAACCAUGCUGAUAUAAUCAUCACCUUGGUUGAUGCCCUCGGACGUUUGUGGU